AUUUAAGUUGGAUGCUUAAACUGAUACCUGUAAAGUCACAACGAUGAAGAUAGUCCUUUUGAGCCUCCUCGCUCUCUUGGGUUACGCCGUAGUGUCAACAGAAGACUGCACAGGUCUCCCGGCUGACUGGUACAGUCUCGAAACAACCGCUACCUUCCCCAUCCGCAGCGGCCGUAAGAUCGAGGUAACCUGUAAGAACGGAUACGUUGCUGAUAACGGCAACUCAGAAGUGACUUGUCUUCAAGGAAGGGUCUUCUCCUACAGCCUCCCUCUCGUCCAGUGUGAGCUCUCCUCCUCGGAGCCUGCUGAAUGGACUAGACUCUCCCCAGGAAAACUGGUGGUAGCUGAUAUCGACCCUGCUGAUACCAUGAUAGAGUUCAAGUUCACUCCUUAUCAGAGAGCAAGGAACCUUAAGUUCUCUCUCUACACAAGGCUCUAUAAAGAUGGGAGUGAGGAGAUGAUGGGAAAUAUCAACAUCUUCUACCAGAUGACAAAGACCACCGUCACUAAAAGCAAGAUCAGGAUCGGAGCACGAGAGAAUGGCAGUGGGUUCAAGUACUGUAACGAUCUCUACACUCUCCAGAAUUUCAUCCCUAAAACUGUUUCACAGGAUGUGGGAAGUGCUCACGUUGUUGAAGUGGACUCUGUUCGACAGGCUACAUUCCAGCAAAUGAACUGUGAAGCUUAUGGAGCGUGGAGGAACCUGAUUUCAAGUGGAGUUAUCUCACAUGUGAGCUUUGGACUGUCUGAUCUGAACAGAAACCUAAAGAAAUUCUUGGCAAUUCACUAUCGAUUGGUUAAGAUUACAGCCCCCACUACCUUCCCUCCAACAUCCAGAGAUGGGGUUACUUUCGCCUUUUCUGAAAGUCCAACUCAAGCUUAUGAGCUGGGAGAGCUGAAUAUUGAUCCCAAUGCAGGAAACGAUGAAUCACCUUCAAGCGAUGAAUCAUCAGGUGAGCAUUCUAGCGGUGGAUCAUCUUCAAGCGGUGGAUCAUCAGGUGGACAUUCCAGCGGUGGAUCAUCUUCAAGCAGUGGGUCAUCAGGAGUUGGAGGCGGAUCAUCUGGAUCAUCUUCAAGCGGUGGAUCAUCAAGCGGACAUUCUAGUGGUGGAUCAUCUUCGAACGGUGGAUCAUCAGGUGGACAUUCCAGCGGUGGAUCAUCUUCAAGCGGUGGAUCAUCAGGUGGGCAUUCCAGCGGUGGAUCAUCUUCAAGCAGUGGGUCAUCAGGAGUUGGAGGCGGAUCAUCUGGAUCAUCUUUAGGCGGUGGAUCAUCAAGUGGGCAUUCCAGCGGUGGAUCAUCUUCAAGCAGUGGGUCAUCAGGAGUUGGAGGCGGAUCAUCUGGAUCAUCUUCAAGUAGUGGAUCAUCAGGCGUUGGAGGCGGAUCAUCUGGAUCAUCUGGAUCAUCUGGAUCAUCUGGAUCAUCUGGAUCAUCUGGAUCAUCUGGAUCAUCUGGAUCAUCUGGAUCAUCUGGAUCAUCUGGAUCAUCUGGAUCAUCUGGAUCAUCUGGAUCAUCUGGAUCAUCUGGAUCAUCUGGAUCAUCUGGAUCAUCUGGAUCAUCUGGAUCAUCUGGAUCAUCUGGAUCAUCUGGAUCAUCUUCAAGCAGUGGAUCAUCUUCAAGCAGUGGAUCAUCUUCAAGAGGUGGAAGCAAUUCUAGUGGCCGAAAUAUACCAUCAAAUGAUUCGGAAAAUAAUUCCCAAUACGACGCACCUGCAGCUGUAUCUACCAAGGCGGUUUUCUCAGCUGGUGAAUCUGCACACCCUAUUUGCAGCAUAUAUGCCAGUGGAGUCAUAGAUGACUUCGAUAGUGGUGUUAAUCGAUACGAUUUGAAAUGCACUCAUGUUCUGGCAGCAGACUACUUUGGAUUGGAUGGUAAAAUGCCUUGGUUCAUCUAUGGCUCAUUUGAUGAGUUCGAUGGAGUAAGAUCCCUUGCUGCCAUGGCAUUCUUUUUGGGUAGAAGUACACCUUUCGAGAUCCAGAGGGGAUGGAUGAUCAAUGACGACGGAAGCAAGAUGAAGAUCAAGGAAGAGAAGGAAGUAACUAUGGGAGAAACAGGCUGUACCAUUCUCUUUGCCCAGAACGUUCUCAAGAUAACUUGCGCUCCAUUUACCGUAUACUACGACGGUAUGAUGUCCGCUCACAUCGAGUACACCUCCAAGACCACCCAGGUUGGAACAGCCAAGGGUAUGUUCAACAUUGGACUUUGUUUCGAUAACCAAUCAGGACGACGACCCAACUGGCAGGUGAACACCAUAGCAACCUGCUCGGUGACACCUGGAGCUCAGAAAUUCUGCAACGGUGCCUCUCCUACCUUCUGUAACAACCUUCCUGAUAGGGGUGACGCGUACCGACAAGCCUGUAACCAGAUGUUCUGUGAUAAGAAGCAGAGCUCUGGAUCAAACGAUCUGAGUGAUAAGCAAAAGUGUGCUCUUUCCGUGUCUGCUGCAGCUAAGCGUAACCUCCAGGGCUUCUCAAGCGGUUAUCCUUCGUCAGGGUGCCCCAGUGAUAACUGUACCUGGAAACAUAGUGUCAUCGAAUCUGGUUGUUUCCAAGACCCAUUCUUCGUCGGAUGCAACUAAACUAAUCGCUCAUCUUGAAACGUAUCUGGAGAGGUUUGCUGGAGCAUUUUUAACUUAAACUUGGCUGGCAACAGAGAAAAGACUGCAUGUUUGCAAUGUUAAAACAAUGAAGCGCUCGUGGAAAUCAAUGGGCCAGCUUGCUUAAACUAUCUCCCCAAGAGGCAGUCUCGUGCUUCUCUGCAGAUGACUACCUCGUUAUGAUAAAUAAGUUUGUGUAUGGAUGGACAAAUAUUUAUUAUUAAGUCACUAUGAACACUAUAUUAUUUUAAUUUAGAGGCUCUUCAUUUUUGAAACCGUGAUCUAUUGGAAUAUAUUAUUUCAUGAUAUUUGUUAGAAUCAAUUUUUGAUGGUUUCUUUAUACAAUCAAUAUUGUUAAUAAAAUAAUUGUAAUAUUAAAGUUUUUUCUAAAAUCUAUGUAGUUUCAUCAUAUUCAUAAUUUUG